UUUGUCAUCAACACCUUUUCCGUGCUUUUCUUCCGGCCUUCCGUUUCUGUCUUUUUCCUAUAAAUAAAAUUCCGUUUUCGUCGUUGGAAUUACAGAGGAAUUAUUUCGUGACUACCCUCUGCUUCUAAUUGUGAUUCUAUCUUUCCUCUUUCUCAGAUUCAUUUCACUCUCAUUUUGGAGAUUCUUGACUUGGAAUUUCACAGAAACACAUACUCCUCAGCCAUGUCUGCUGAAUUCUUGAUUUCCUUUUUCUUUGUUUUUCUCUUUCUUUUCCCUAUCUAUGAAGCAGCUCCCGAGUCUGCUCUCGUCACUCAGAUUCCUGGUUUCAAUGGGACUUUGCCAUCCAAACACUACGCUGGGUAUGUGACGAUAGAUGAAAGCCAUGGAAAGAAUCUUUACUACUAUUUUGUCGUUUCGGAAGGGAACCUGUCAAAGGACCCUGUUGUUCUCUGGCUCAAUGGUGGGCCGGGCUGCUCCAGCUUUGAUGGGUUUGUGUAUGAGCAUGGCCCAUUCAAUUUUCAAGUGGGAGAACCUGGAAGCUUGCCGCAAUUGCAUCUCAAUCCGUACAGCUGGUCUAAGGUUUCAAACAUAAUCUAUUUGGACUCCCCUGCUGGUGUUGGACUAUCUUACUCCAAUUUCAUAGAUGAUUACAAUACAGGAGAUCUGAAGACUGCCUCAGAUAGUCACACAUUUCUUCUAAAGUGGUUUGAGCAAUAUCCGGAGUUCCUGGCGAAUCCAUUUUUUAUAGCUGGAGAGUCUUAUGCUGGAGUUUAUGUGCCAACUCUUGCUUCUGAAGUGGUCAAAGGUAUCGAAGCUGGUUUGAAGCCAAUUCUGAACUUUAAGGGAUACAUUGUAGGAAAUGGAGUCACUGACACAGUAUUUGAUGGCAAUGCUCUUGUACCAUUUGCACAUGGGAUGGGCCUGAUAUCAGACGAUCUGUUUCAGGAGGUUACUGCUGCUUGUCAAGGAAGUUACUGGAAUCCUGCUGAUGAAAGGUGCCAGAACAAGCUGAACAAAGUCGAUGAUGACAUCGGUAGCUUAAACAUCUAUGACAUCCUUGAGCCCUGCUACCACAGCCCAGAAAUAAGAGGCAUUGCAAGCAGCGACAGCAGGUUGCCAUCUAGUUUCAGGCAGUUGGGUGAGACGGAGAGGCCCCUUGCUGUGAGGAAAAGGAUGUUUGGGCGUGCAUGGCCUCUUAGAGCUCCAGUAAGAGAAGGAAUCGUUCCAACCUGGCCCCAGCUUGGGAGGAGCUCAGUUCCCUGCACUGAUGAUCAUGUUGCAACUUUGUGGCUGAAUGAUGAUACAGUGAGGACUGCGAUUCAUGCCCAACAGAAAAAUGUGAUUGGUAGUUGGGAAUUAUGCACAGACAAUAUUGUCUUUCACCAUGAUGCUGGAAGUAUGAUAAAGUAUCACAAGAACCUCACUGCCAAAGGAUACCGUGCACUUGUAUUCAGUGGCGACCAUGAUAUGUGUGUGCCAUAUACUGGGAGUGAAGCAUGGACCAGAUCGAUGGGCUAUCAAAUCAUCGAUGAAUGGAGGCCUUGGUAUUUCAAUGGACAAGUAUCAGGAUACACGCAAGGCUAUGAGCACAACCUCACCUUCCUCACCAUAAAGGGAGCCGGACAUACAGUUCCAGAGUACAAACCACGGGAGGCAUUGACCUUUUAUAGCCGUUGGCUGGCAGGGAGAACCAUCUGAGAAAUUUUAACAAUUAAUAUUCACCUGUAGUUCCUUGAUAUUAUCCUUAUUAUAUUAUAUAUGGAAACAUGAGGCUGCAUACGGAAAGAAAGAAAAAAAAAAUCCACGUCGACGGUAAUCUCAUCAUAGAUUUCGACUUUUUUUUUUUUUUGCAUGGUCAUGUUUAGAAGAAUGCAACAUAAUUAGGAGGAAUAUGUUUCAUUUUUCUUCUCUUUUACUCGGAAUGGAUGGGAAUGAUAUUAAAAUCGAAUUAUAUUAGAAAGUGAUAAGAAUAGAGGAGAGA